AUGGACGUUGAAAAUCAACAACAGAAAAUCCAGGCUCCUGAACCCCAACCCGGAGCUGACAGUGCUAUCUCUCAACAGCCUGCCGCGCGCGAAUCAAUGGAUCCUAGUGGAGUUAGCAACAGAGUGGGUCUUCGAGGCGGUGGUGAGGGUGAGGACAUUUGCUGUGGCCCUGACAAUCCCGACUUCAAAGGCACCACUGGCGUCUGUGACCGUUGCAGGCGAAUUAACUGGAGGACAAUAUGGUUGAUCGACCUGGUUUCUGUCAAUGAGGACUUACGCAGGUCUGCUCAGCAAGCUUUCGAACCGGCUCCUCAGAAGCAUGGGCCAGUCCAGGGUAUUGGCACGGGCGAGGGUACAGUCGAUGCCUACAGUAACGUUCACUGGAUAGUACCUGUGUUUGACCCAGGCGAGGUGCCUGCCAUUGAUUCUCAGACCUGUUCGUUGUGUAGCUACCUUGGUUCGCUUGCAUAUUUUGGCACAGAUGACGCUGCUGUUGAAAGAUGGUAUCUAGGAUUAUCCACGCAGCCUCUGGCGCCGCGUCACCUGUACCUAGUUGGCAGAUCCCGCUCCUGGCAGCGUGAUACGCUGAUGAGAGGCGAAAUCCUCUAUUCAGAAGCAGCCAUCUCCAAAUCCACAGCCUCAUCGACUGCCAACGACAUCCCGUACAGGCGCUCAAGUGUCGAGCUCGAUUGCUGUCUCCAGGAAAUUGCGGACGACAAUGAAGUAACGAUUUCGACCGCUAAUAUUCCCGACAUGCUGUUGAUCGAUUACUAUGACAGAAAAAUUGUACCAGCUCCCGCAGGAGCAGUCUACAUGGGCCUCAGCUAUAUCUGGGGUCCAAAGCAAUGCUCCAAGGAUCCUUGUCACCCCGGCUGGAGAGAUGAAUCCACUCUAUCUAGCCCGGACUAUUGA